AUGGUGUUGCACGACGACAACGACAACGACGACGACGACGACAGAAGUAACUGGAAUUUUUAUGCAGGCCUACAAAUGUGUGAGUUGGUAAAAAGUAGCCAAGCAUUGCACAGAACUUUUAACGUUGAUCCGCUUUAUUUGAAACACGAAAAUUCUGGACUCGCUAUUGAUUUUAUGCAUUGGCAAUUACCGUUGUCGAAGAGAUUCCGAGCAUUGAAACUUUGGUUCGUAAUCAGGAAUUUUGGUAUAAGUGGAUUACAAAGGCACAUACGCGAGGGCAUAAGAUUGGCACAAAAGUUUGAAGCAUUGGUAUUGGCAGAUCCGCGUUUUGAAAUUCCUGCUACGCGACAUUUAGGUUUGGUUGUAUUCCGUUUACGGGGUGAAAACAAUUCAACUGAAAGAUUGUUAAAAAAAAUGAAUUCACGUGGCCGCGUACAUUGCGUGCCAGCUUCGUUACAUGGAAAAUACGUCAUCAGAUUUAGCGUAACUUCUACCAAGUAAGUUCUUCUAACUUUAU